UUUUUCAUUUCAAAAGAAUUUAUUAUGACUUCUGAUAAUACUGCUUGGGUAACUUUGGUCACUAAUGACGGAUAUGCUGUUGGGGCUCUUGUAUUAGCACAUUCACUGCGCAACGUUGGAACUACUCAUAAAUUGCAUGUCCUUUACACUUCUGGAGUAUCUUUCAAUUUGAGAAAUAAAUUGGAGGAAGUCUUCGACAAUUCUACUGAGGUUAACGUGUUGGACAGCGGUGAUGAAGCUAAUCUUGCUUUGAUUGGACGUCCUGAUCUUGGAGUUACAUUUACUAAGUUGCACUGCUGGCGAUUGACUCAAUAUAAUAAAUGUGUAUUUCUUGACGCUGACACUUUUGUAGUUAAAAACUGCGAUGAGCUUUUUGAACGACCUGAGUUUUCUGCCGCUCCAGAUAUUGGAUGGCCAGACAUUUUUAACACUGGUGUUUUUGUUUAUGUACCAUCUUUGGAAACUUAUAAUAAUCUUCUACAAUUUGCUGUAACUCACGGUUCGUUUGAUGGCGGUGAUCAAGGACUUUUGAAUGCCUACUUUAGUGGAUGGCGUGAGUGGGAUGCUUCUCAUCGUCUUCCAUUUACAUACAAUGUUACCACUAGUGCGAUUUUUGCUUAUGCUGCAGCUGUAAAACGCUUUGCGCCCCAAGUAAAGAUCGUUCAUUUCUUGGGCAAACAAAAACCAUGGCUUGUGCAUUAUGAGAGCGGGGAAGGACUGACUUAUCUCUCGGAUUACCAUCGAGAGUGGCGUGAUCUUUAUUCUAGAAUGGUGAAAGGUCAUCUGCCGGACACUUCAGAGGUUUCCCAAAUUAAGCCUGACUUUCCCCAUUCCAUUUCUGAUGUUAUGACAUUUAGUUCUCGUUUGCCUGAAUUGACUGCAACUGUUCGCAAAGAGACAAGUCGAUUAGAGGCAUGGGAGGCGGGAACUCCUGAUUAUCUUGGAGCUGACUCGUUCGACAACAUUAAGAAAGCAAUGGAAGAGUCCUUGCUCAAGCAUUUUGAACUUUCUCGAGAAUAUGCUGAAAAAUUACUUUCUGACUUUGAGUCUUGCUUUCGAAUUAAUCUUGAAUAUCAACUAUGGAAGAAUUGUUUUUAUUCUCCGAUAGAGGUGUUGCGAAAACGAAGUGAGGAUGGUGGACCACAUGCAGGAUUAUUUAAAGGAUUUUUGAAUGAACUAAUUGAACUUGCAAUUACCUUUUAUGAAGGUUUAUUGAAGGAUUAUGAAGUGAAAUUCUCAGUUGAUUUUUCGAAAUUUUAUCAGCCUUAUGCAAGUUCUCUUUGCUUGGAUAAAUGUGAUGAAUGUGUUGUUAUUGAUGGCGAGUUACCUGUUGUUGAUUCGAUGUUUUUACGUUCCGCUCAACGGCUUAUUAUCUGUUUUGGUGAUCUAUAUCGUUAUAAAGCUCUAAGCACACACAAAGAAGCAAGAACUUAUUCAUCUGCAAAGAGUUUGUAUUGGCAAGCUCAUCUUCUAGAGCCUCUAAAUGGUCAUCCUUUUAAUCAGUUAGCAGUUGUUGCUUGUUAUGAGAAAAAAUGGAUUGACGUCCUUUUCUAUUAUAUUCGAGCGCUUUCUGUACUUCUACCUUUUAAAUCCGCAAGAGAAUCAUUGGAGUUGGCACUUAACAGUUUAAGACAACCCGCUAAUGCAUAUGAAAAAUGGGUUUUCGAGCUAAUUGAGAAUGAGAAUAGAAACAUUCAAGCUGCGACAAACAACUACGAAUCAGGGCCGUAUUCAGAUAUUUUAAACAAGGAAAAUAAAUUCAAUAAUGUUUGUCGGGAAAUAUGGUUUCAUCCCUCCAAUGAAUUUUUGGUUGAGGAAUCACUCAAAAAGCAUCAACCUAUUAGGUCAACAAUUGAGGGUACGUUGACGCAACUAUUUGUUGGUGAAAAUGGAAACAAUAUUCAAAAGAAGGCAAUCUGUCAUUUGCUUCAUUGUGCUGGUGUUUUAAUCUCCACAAUUGGUUUAGACCAAUUCAAGCAGAGUUAUGAGUUAAUUCUUAGCGAGUUGUUAGCACUUGUAGAUAAUGAUGAUACUGUUCUUACUCCAGCCUACUUACUCAAGAUAAUAGUUUUGUAUACGUUUCCAAUUCAUUCACCAAGACCAGACGCUUCUCAAGUAUUGUUCGUAAAUCAAAGAUGUGCUGCUUUUGAACUUGUCUCUAGCUCUCUAAAGUUUUUACUUGAAAUUUUUUACAAAGAUAUAGACAAAGUUGGAUUAUUUAUUCUGACUGGCCAGCUCAGCGAAAAGGUUUUUCUUUAUUGUUAUGUAAAAAGUAUUUUCUAUUUUAAGUUUUCUUGUAUAAUUCCUUCGAUUUGUUUUUUGGUAUUUUGGCUUUAUUGCAUUGAUAAAUGUUUGAUACUCGAUGAUGUUUUAAAACACUAUCGAAUAUUUGAGUUAUUAGUUUUAAUUGGAAAUCGUUUGAAUUUGUUGCGUCAAAGGCGAUCAUUAUGCGAUUUGAGAAUGUUUAGCGAAGUAAAGGAUCCGAAUAAAGAUUUCUUGCGGAUUCAAUUACCAGAGUUCAUGUUACUCACCCCAUAUUUUGACAUAUUGUCUAAAUCUUCUGUGCAAUUUUUUAUUGAUGUAAAUUCAUUAGAUGUGGAAAUAACAGAUAAGGAUCAUAAAUGGAUAGCUGUUCAGGCAAGAUUCGCGCUUAUUUUACGCCUUUGUGAGUAUUUGUCGGAAGGUGAAUAUUUUCCAAUAAAAUUUGAUGUUAGAAAUAUUACUGAUGGGCCUUUUCGACUACUUCCUCGCCAUAAAGUUGAGGGAAAUCAAAAACUACUUACUAAUGAGAUGUUAGAUGAAAAGUUGGUAGGAACUAAUAGUGAAAGCGGAAGUAAUGAUUUAAACGAUGGGUCCAAUAAAAUUACCUCAAACGAAGAUUCUUCAUUGAGCACAUCAGACGAAUAUGAAUUAAAAACUCAAUUAUUAUCUGAAGAAAUUUCUCCUAUACAUCAUCAUGUGGUUGAGGUUCGCCCCAGAUAUCUAGUCUGUGAUACAAAUACAUUGAUUGACUACCCCGAUGAAAUAAAAUUUUUUGUGAGCCUUAAGAUAUCUGUUUUUCUUGUACCUACAAUUGUAAUUGACGAACUCAGCAGCCUUGUUAAAGGGAUACCUAUCAGCAAACCUACCUUACUUCCUCGAGAGAUUCUCAACCCUGAAGGCUCUCAUUCAGCUUUUGUUAUGAGUCAAGCUAGCAAGGCAGUAGAUUGGCUUCGUGAAGCUGCUGAAAACAAGGUAUUUUGCAUAAAAAAUCAGUUUGACUAAUCAUGUGUUUCCAUGUUGAAAAUGUAUCUACUCUUACCAUCAAUGGUAACAUCAUACAGAAGCCUAGCUUUGUAACGGAGGGUGGUGAAUAUAAUGUUGCGCGAAGGACAAACGAUGAUAAAAUACUAUCAGCAUGUAUCAAUUUAUGUAGACGUUUUUCGAAAACUACUAGAAUGAGAACAGGAGAAGAAAAAGUAUUACAAAGGACAGUCGUUCUUCUGACCGAGGAUCGUGGUCUUAGUGCUAAGGCAUUGUCACAGCAAGUUCCUGUCCGAACAUUUCCAAAUUUUUUGAAAUGGGCUUGUCCAGAUGCUGAGAAGUCUGUGAAAAAUAUUUGACAAAUUUUAUUGACAUAAUUUUUAUAUUUUUUAAAACAGCUAAAUUUUUUAAGUUAUAGUAAAUUUUAAUACUAAUCUUCAGUACUU